AUGGGUCAAAUAUUGUCCAAUCCAAUUAUCGAUAAAGAGCAUCAUUCGGGCACAGACUGUUUGACAGCAUUUGGGUUGUGUGCUAUGCAAGGGUGGCGUAUGUCAAUGGAAGACGCUCACAUUGUUGAACCCAAUCUUUUCGCCGAAUCUGACGAAGAUCAUUUGGCGUUUUAUGGUAUAUUCGACGGUCAUGGUGGCUCUUCUGUAGCUGAAUUUUGUGGUUCUAAAUUGAUAUCUAUACUGAAGGAACAAGAAAGUUUCAAGAAGGGUAUAUUAGACCAGUGUUUAAUCGAUACGUUUUUGGCUACCGAUGUUGAGCUGUUGAAAGAUGAAAAAAUGAAAGACGAUCAUAGUGGUUGCACUGCCACAGUGAUUUUGAUAUCCCAAUUAAAAAAGCUUUUGGUCUGUGCUAAUUCUGGUGACAGCAGGACUGUUUUGUCUACCAGCGGGAACAGCAAAGCAAUGUCUUUUGACCAUAAACCAACGUUGAUAAGUGAAAAAUCUCGUAUUAUGGCUGCUGAUGGUUUUGUUGAGAUGGAUCGUGUUAACGGUAAUUUGGCCUUAUCAAGAGCCAUCGGUGAUUUUGAAUUCAAAUCGAACACUAAGUUAGGACCUCAUGAACAAGUGGUUACAUGUGUUCCCGAUAUCAUCAAACACAAUUUGAACUAUGAUGAAGACGAAUUCGUUAUCUUAGCCUGUGAUGGUAUCUGGGAUUGUUUAACCUCUCAAGAGUGUGUUGAUUUAGUUCAUUAUGGUAUAAGCCAAGGUGAUAUGACUUUAAGUGAUAUUUCAUCCAGAAUCGUGGAUGUUUGUUGUUCACCCACCACCGAGGGCUCAGGUAUCGGUUGUGAUAAUAUGAGUAUCUCCAUUGUUGCGCUACUAAAGGAAGACGAAUCAGAGACUCAAUGGUUUGAACGUAUAAGAUCCAAGAAUUACAAUAUUCAUACAUCAUUUGUUCAAAGAAGGAAAAACAUCUUCGAUUUCCAUGACUUUUCGGAUAAUGAUGAGGAGGUAUUUGCGGUCACCACCAAGAAAUUGCAAGACCGUCUAAACCAUCACAGAGAUAAUGAUGAUAUGGAGAUCGACGAUCUUGAUACCGAGUUAGGCAGUAGCGCCGCUCCAUCAAAAUUAACUGGUAAAGAUAGGUCUGGUCCCAUUGAUUUAUUUUCAUUAGAAGCUCUACUAGAAGCCGGGAUCCAAAUAAGACAAAGGCCAAGCUCUGAUAGCGAUGGUAAUGCUUCAUAUUUCCAUGGUGCUUCUUUAUCAGACAUGUUAGCCUCCUUGAGCAAUGCUGCUGCUGGAGAAACAGGUCCUGAAGACGCUGAUGAAAACGACGAUAACGACAGCGAAGACAAUAAAAAUGGAAAUGGAAAGAAGAAUUCCAAAUUUGAAGAAAUUGAAUGA